GGCCUCCCCAGGGUCCUCAUUUCUGGACCAGGAGCCCCAUCCGUCGUUUUUGUCCGCAGACUAGAGAAAUCUUGGGAGGGUGGGAUGAAGAAGCCCAGGCUGGGUAUGCAUGAGGGAGUGUUGGGGAGAAGAGAAGGGGUUAAUGCUGGGGUCACUUAAGGCUGUGGGUGAGGGUGAAGGGUUAAUGCUGGAGAACCCUAAGGUCCUUCGAGGAUAGGGGUCAGAGUGUGGGAAAAGUGCAGAGGUAAUGAUGGGGGCACUUGAGAUAAUGUAUAGGAUCGGGGUGUAGAAGUGGCUGGGAUCCAUGCUAAAGCAGGGACAGAGGAUCUGCUUGUACAUGGAAGUGAGAGCACAAUUGGGGAAAGUGCAGUGGAGCAUGAGUGAGAGGAGGCAUCUGGGAGAAGUGAUAGGUUGAAUGCUGGAAGAAAACAAGGUCCAUGAAUUUGCAUGUGUAAAAAAUGGGGUAAACUGAGGCAGCACAGUGCAGGAGCUGUGUAAAGAGGAGUUCCCCGUGGGGAGACUGAGUCAUACGGGAGAUAGGGGCCAUCCGGGUUACAAUGCAUAUGGACAGGGCCUCAGCACCAUUUACUUAGCUCUCUUGGGCUGGGAGGGAAACUGAGGCACUGAGUAGCAAGGGUGAGGACUGGAACUUCGAGGUAGGAGAAACUAAGGCAGCAUCCCUUUCCCACCUCUCCUGAGCACCUGUCUCUCUGCCCCCAGACUUACAAUGCCUUGCUGAGCCAGACCAGCAAUUGAGUGGAGCCAGGCAGACAGCAUCCAUGGAUGGGCCCCUGGCAGGCGGCCUGGCCGCCCCAGAUCGUCCUCGUGGCCCCGAGAGACUGCCCGGCCCAGCACCGAGGGAAGACAUCGAAGGUGGGGCCGAGGCUGCUGAGGGGGAAGGUGGCAUCUUCCGGUCCACCCAUUACCUGCCUGUCACCAAGGAGGGACCCCGAGACAUUCUGGAUGGCAGAAGUGGCAUUUCUGACGGGCAGCCCCAUCCCGGCCUCAGCGAAGCCCUCCCCCGUGCCACCUCCGCCACCCAUCGGAUCAGCAGCUGUUGCUGGGAUGGAGGCAGCCUGGACUUCCAGCCGGGCUCCCCACCACCCCACCUCCUGGGCCACUUCCCUGGCCCCCCUGAUGGCCAGGGGACCUGGGAGCACCCCCUGGUCCAGGAAGCCAGGGAGGGCCUCACAUCUGAGCAGAGGUUCGAGGACUCGGUCAUUGUGAGAACCAUGAAACCCCACAUUGAGCUCGAGGGCUCUAGAAGGUUCUUGCACCAUCAGGGUGAACCGAAGCUCUUGGAGAAGGCCUCCCGGGGCCACCCCAGGUUCGACUGGCUCCGGGACACAGAUGAGCAGGCCCCACCCCAGGAUGCAGGGCUGCACCGGGACCUGCCACCCCAGCCCCUGCCCCUCACCUCCUUCAGGACGGUGCUCGUGCCAGUAGAAGAUAGCGCUAAGUCACUGGAUGUGACGGUGGUGGACACUAGGGAGCACCUGGCAGACCUUGAAGGGCUGGCCCAGCCAUCCGACUGGGGCCUGCCCAGGUCGGCCUCGGAGGUGGCCACACAGACCUGGACAGUGAACUCGGAGGCGUCCGUGGAGCGGCUCCAGCCGCUGCUGGCCCCGGUCCGGACGGGGCCCUACCUGUGCGAGCUGCUGGAGGAGGUGGCCAAGGGGGUGGCCAGCCCAGAUGAGGACGAGGACGAGGAGCCGGCCGUGUUCCCGUGCAUCGAGUGCAGCAUCUACUUUAAGCAGAAGGAGCACCUUCUGGAGCACAUGAGCCAGCACCGCCGAGCCCCGGGCCAGGAGCCCCCCGCCGACUUGGCCCCGCUGGCCUGUGGAGAGUGUGGCUGGGCCUUUGCGGACCCCAGUGCCCUGGAGCAGCACCGCCAGCUGCACCAGGCCUCCCGGGAGAAGAUCAUUGAAGAGAUCCAGAAACUGAAGCAGGUCCCGGGAGAUGAGGGCCGGGAGGCACGGCUGCAGUGCCCCAAGUGCAUCUUUGGCACCAAUUCCUCCAAGGCCUUUGUGCAGCAUGCCAAGCUGCACGUGCGUGAGCUCCCGGGCCAGCCCGCCAGGGAGCCCUUUGGGGGCGGCAGCGGGGCCGGCAGCCCGGGCCCUGAUGCCACCGCCCUCGCCUAUCGACCCUACCGAGGCUCCUCGGGGCUCAGUGGCUGCGUUUUCUGUGGCUUCCCCGCGCCCAGCGAGAGCCUGCUCAGGGAGCACAUGAGGCUCGCGCAUGCCCACCCCCACUGGGAGGAGGAUGCCGAGGCUUUUGAGGAGGACCCUGCCAGCCAGCCGGGCACCAGCCAGGAGGCAUAUGCCCGCUUCCCUGAUGCUGCCGAGGACUACUUUGGCAAAGCUGAGCCGCUCUUGGCCCCCACGUGGCAGGAGAACCCUGCUGGAUAUGACCCCAGCCUGGCCUUUGGCGCAGGCUGCCAGCAGCUAGGCAUGAGGGAUUUCCCACUGUCAAAGCCACUUCUGCGCGGCUCAGAUCAGAGGCCCCUGGGAAGGCCAGCCUUCCCCUCACCUCUCGCAUCUGCCCCCUACUCCUUACAUCCCGGUAGAAACAAGAGCGUGGUCCACCCGCAGGGGCUCCCAGGCCAGCUGGGGGACCGGAGACACCCUUGGAGCGAAGAGGAGGAGGAAGACAUACCGCUGGCCUCGGAAAUGGACUUUUCCCCUGAAAAUGGGGUCUUUCCACCCCUAGCUUCCCCUGGCCUCAUCCCACAGCUGGCCCUGGACCUGAAGCGGACUUUCCGAAAAGCUCUGAGGGCAGCUGAGGCCUCUCGGGCACAGCGGCAGCAGCUCCGAGGGAUGGUGCCCGUUGUGCUGGUGGCAAAGCUGGGGCCACAGGUCAUGGCUGCAGCAACCCGGGUGCCCCCACAGCUGCAGCCCGAGGAGCUGGGGCUGGGGGGCACUCACCCCCUGGACUUCUUGCUCCUGGACGCGCCAUUGGGCAGCCCGCUGGGGCUGGACGCGCUCUUGGAUGGGGACCCGGCGGUGGCACUGAAGCAUGAGGAGCGGAAGUGCCCCUACUGCCCGGAUCGCUUCCACAACGGUAUCGGCUUGGCCAACCACGUCCGGGGCCACCUGAACCGUGUGGGCGUCAGCUACAAUGUGCGGCAUUUCAUCUCUGCCGAGGAGGUGAAGGCCAUUGAGCGCAGGUUCUCCUUCCAGAAGAAGAAGAAAAAAGUGGCUAACUUCGACCCAGGCACCUUCAGCCUGAUGCGCUGUGACUUCUGUGGGGCUGGCUUCGACACCCGGGCCGGCCUUUCCAGUCAUGCCCGGGCCCACCUGCGUGACUUUGGCAUCACUAACUGGGAGCUCACCGUGUCACCCAUCAACAUUCUACAAGAGCUGCUGGCCACCUCGGCUGCUGAGCGGCCCCCCAGCCCCCUGGGCUGCGAGCCUGGGGGGUCGCCUAGCGGCUUCCUGACCUCCCGCCGGCCCCGCUUACCUCUUGCAGUGCCCUUUCCACCCACCUGGGCUGAGGACCCUGGGCCAGCCUACGGAGAUGGCUUGGGUUCUGAGGAAAACACAAUGGUGGCCAUGGACUUGGGCUCCCCCCCGCUCCCCAAGAAGAGCCUGCCUGUCCCUGGGCCCUUGGAGCAGGUGGCCAAUCGGCUGAGCAGCAAAGUGGCUGCAGAGGUUCCUCAUGGCAGCAAGCAGGAACUGCCAGAUCUCAAGGCCCAGAGCCUGACCACCUGCGAGGUCUGCGGUGCCUGCUUUGAGACACGCAAGGGCCUGUCCAGCCACGCGCGCUCCCACCUGCGGCAGCUGGGGGUGGCCGAAUCGGAGAGCAGCGGUGCCCCCAUUGACCUCCUCUACGAGCUCGUGAAACAAAAGGGCCUGCCUGACACACCCCUUGGGUUGCCCCCAGGCCUGUCUAAGAAGUCCAACUCACCGAAGGAGGUGGUAGCUGGGGCUCCCCGGCCUGGCCUGCUUGCCCUGGCCAAACCCUUGGAUGCUCCUGCUGUCAACAAGGCCAUCAAGUCACCACCCGGCUUCUCCACCAAAGGCUUGGCCCACCCACCCAACUCCCCACUCCUCAAGAAGGCACCACUGGCCCUGGCGGGCUCCCCUACGCCCAAGAAUCCUGAGGACAAGAGCCCCCAGCUGUCCCUGAGCCCCCGGCCAGCCUCCCCAAAGGCACAGUGGCCCCAGUCUGAGGACGAAGGGCCCCUGAACCUCACUUUAGAUAGUGACGGGGGCAGAGAGCUGGACUGCCAGCUGUGCGGUGCCUGGUUUGAGACCCGCAAGGGCCUGUCCAGCCACGCCCGCGCCCACCUGCGCCACCUGGGCGUCAGCGACCCGGACGCCAAGGGAUCCCCCAUAGACGUGCUCCACGGGCUCAUCAGGAGGGACGGCGUCCAGAUCCGCCUCCCACCCGGGCGCGGCACCCUGGCCCAGCUGGGGCGGCCUCCUCCCACCUCUGCGGCCCUCUCCUUGCUCCCCCCCCCACCGCCGGCCAAGAAGGCCAAGCUGAAGGCCGCGGGUACGGCCAGCCCCUGGGGGAAGCAGGACCUCUCGGCCGCCGCAGCCGCCGGCAUUUUCUGGGCCUCUGAUGUGGAGCCGUCUCCUCUCAACCUCUCCUCGGGCCCAGAGCCAGCUCGAGACAUCCGCUGUGAGUUCUGCGGUGAGUUCUUCGAGAACCGCAAGGGCCUGUCGAGUCACGCGCGCUCCCACCUGCGGCAGAUGGGCGUGACCGAGUGGUAUGUCAACGGCUCGCCCAUUGACACACUACGGGAGAUCCUCAAGAGACGGACCCAGUCCCGGCCUGGUGGCCCCCCUAACCCACCAGGGCCCAGCCCGAAAGCCCUGGCCAAGGUGAUGGGCAGCGGAGGUCCUGGCAGCUCGCUGGAAGCCCGCAGCCCCGCAGACCUUCACCUCUCACCCCUGGCCAAGAAGUUGCCACCGCCACCAGGCAGCCCCCUGGGCCACUCACCUACUGCCUCUCCUCCUCCCACGGCCCGGAAGAUGUUCCCAGGCCUGGCCGCACCCUCCCUGCCCAAGAAGCUGAAGCCUGAACAAAUGCGGGUGGAGAUCAAACGGGAGAUGCUGCCAGGGGCCCUUCAUGGGGAGCCUCACCCAUCCGAGGGUCCCUGGGCGGCACCGCGGGAAGACAUGGCCCCCCUGAACCUGUCGUCCCGGGCAGAGCCUGUACGUGACAUCCGCUGUGAGUUCUGCGGUGAGUUCUUCGAGAACCGCAAGGGCCUGUCGAGCCAUGCGCGCUCCCACCUGCGGCAGAUGGGCGUGACCGAGUGGUCUGUCAACGGCUCGCCCAUCGACACGCUGCGGGAGAUCCUCAAGAAGAAGUCCAAACCGUGCCUCAUCAAGAAAGAGCCGCCCGCUGGAGACCUGGCCCCCGCCUUGGCUGAGGACGGGCCCCCCACGGCUGCUCCAGGGCCUGUGCAGGCCCCCCUGCCGCUGGCGCCAAUGGCUGGCCGCCCAGGCAAACCAGGAGCUGGGCCGGCCCAAGUUCCUCGAGAGCUCAGCUUGGCGCCCAUCACCGGUGCCAAGCCCACAGCCACUGGCUACCUGGGCUCAGUGGCAGCCAAGCGGCCCCUGCAGGAGGACCGCCUCCUCCCAGCAGAGGUCAAGGCCAAGACCUACAUCCAGACUGAACUGCCCUUCAAGGCAAAGACCCUCCACGAGAAGACUUCCCAUUCCUCCACCGAGGCCUGCUGUGAGCUGUGUGGCCUUUACUUCGAAAACCGCAAGGCCCUGGCCAGCCACGCGCGGGCGCACCUGCGGCAGUUUGGCGUGACCGAGUGGUGUGUAAACGGCUCACCCAUUGAGACACUGAGCGAGUGGAUCAAGCACCGGCCCCAGAAGGUGGGGGCCUACCGCAGCUACAUCCAGGGCGGCCGCCCAUUCACCAAGAAGUUCCGCAGUGCUGGCCAUGGCCGCGACAGUGACAAGCGGCCGCCCCUAGGGCUGGCACCCGGGGGCCUGGCUGUGGUGGGCCGCAGUGCUGGGGGUGAGCCAGGGCCUGAGGCUGGACGGGCAGCUGACAGUGGUGAGCGGCCUCUGGCAGCCAGCCCGCCAGGCACUGUGAAGGCUGAGGAACACCAGCGGCAGAACAUCAACAAAUUUGAGCGCCGACAAGCCCGCCCUCCAGAUGCCUCUGCGGUCCGGGGGGGUGAAGAGGCCAAUGAUCUACAGCAGAAGCUGGAGGAGGUGCGGCAACCCCCACCCCGGGUCCGGCCGGUCCCCUCCCUGGUACCCCGGCCCCCCCAGACAUCACUGGUCAAGUUUGUUGGCAACAUCUACACCCUCAAGUGCAGGUUCUGUGACGUGGAGUUCCAGGGGCCCCUCUCCAUCCAGGAGGAGUGGGUGCGGCACUUACAGCGGCACAUCCUGGAGAUGAAUUUCUCCAAAGCGGACCCCCCACCCGAGGAGCCCCGGGCCCCGCAGGCACAGACAGCGGCGGCAGAGGCGCCCUGACACAGAAGCAUUCCAAAUUCCCUCUCGUGCCACCUCUGUCUUCUCUUUCUCCUCCGUCUGUUCCACCCUGUCCUCCCUCUUUCUUUUCCGUUUCCAAAGGAGCAAGCCAAAACCUCAAACCGGCACCCCUUGGGGGCCGGGCACACUACAGCCGGGGCGCCAGGAGCCAGCUAGUGGCCCUUCCCCCAGCCCGAGGGCUCUGGGGCCACACACAGCGCAUCUUCCUUCAGCCCACGCCCACCUGGUCCAGCAGGGGCAGAGGCCAGGUCUCUUGUGGUGGCAGCUGAUCUGGUCAAGGGGAGGAAGGCCAGCGCUCCCCCGCAUCUGGCAGCCAGGCGGGGCUAUGUUCGCCAUCCGUGGCCAUUUGCAAGGACCCCAAAGACCCCUGCCCUGGUUCCCUCUUGCCCCUGUGAAUAUCCUCUCACACACGCACACGCAGGCACAGACACACACAUACACACAUGCACGCACACACAGGCACACGUGCACGCACGCACGCACCUCGUGAGACCCAGGAUUUGCCCUAGCCCCCCAGAUCCUGAGUCAAACGACCACAUCAUGCCACGGUGCUUGCUCAGGGGAAGGCACGCUCCCUCUGAGGGCCUGCUGGGGCCUGGGAGCCCCCCACUGAGCCCAUGAUGCCACGGAAAUCCUUGUUGGCCGCCCCCCACCCCCCCCAGAGGGGCCUUCCCAGCCUGGAAGAGCUCAGAGCUGACAGCUGCCUCCUGCCAUGUCAAGGCCCCCCAGAGCCUUGGGGGGCUCUGGGGCCCAGGAGGGGGUGGGGAUGGGACUCUCCUCCCUCACCCCCAUUCCCCUCCUCCUUUUCACUGUUGCUUUCUAUGUAUAGCUCCCUAGACCUUUCACUUUUUUAAAAACGCGUUUUGUGUAGAGAAUAAGGAACGUGAAUCUUUUUAUUUUGCAAUCCUGGGCCAGCUAGAGACCGGGAGCUGAUUGAUCUUUUAACUUUUUUCAGUGGCCACAUUUUGGUUAUCGAUGUACCUAGAAGUAUGUAAAUUAGAUUAAAUUUCUCUUCUGGAAACACCCCGGG